AAAAUUUCAACUCAGUCCCUUUCUCCCUCCCACGCCCUCUUCCUCUCUUGCUUGUUUGAUCAUCAAAAACAUUCGUUUUCAAACCCCUUAAAUUUCCCCCCUUAACUUCAUUUCCCCACCACCCCUGCUCUCUCAUGCGCCGGCGAUUCAUCCUCAUGAAGCCCGCCGCCUCCUCCGCCGGCCGCAAGGGGAACAGCAGCCUCCCCAUAUUCGUCAUCGUCAUCUCCGUCUUCGCCUUCGGCUGCUUCAUGUACAACGAGGACGUCAAGUCCAUCGCCGAAUUCUCAUUCUCUCGCCCCUCGCCCCCAGAAACCGAAACCGCCGCCGUGGAGGUGGUGGUGAAUUCCAGGACCGUGGUGGAGGCCCAAGUGAACGACGACGACGGCGGCGGCGGCCGGAAACAAGAGCUCGACGCCGUGGUCUUGAAAUCGAAUCGAGAAAGCGGUGACGAAGAGGAGGAGGAGGAUCAAGAAAUCGAAAACCCUAAUGAGGAAUGCGAUUUGUUUAAAGGGAAUUGGGUUUUUGAUAACGUCACCCACCCUUUGUACAAAGAGGAGGAAUGCGAGUUCUUGACGGCGCAGGUGACGUGCAUGCGCAAUGGGAGGAAGGAUUCUCGCUAUCAGAAUUGGAGGUGGCAGCCCACGGAUUGCUCAUUGCCGAAGUUUAGGGCAAGAUUGUUGCUCGAGAAAUUGAGGAACAAGAGGCUGAUGUUCGUUGGGGACUCGUUGAAUCGAAAUCAGUGGGAAUCCAUGAUUUGUUUGGUGCAAUCAGUAGUCCCACCAGGCAGGAAGAGCUUGAACAAGACUGCAUCUUUGUCCAUUUUCAAAAUUGAGGAUUAUAAUGCAACAGUGGAAUUUUACUGGGCUCCAUUCUUGGUAGAGUCAAACUCAGAUGAUCCAAAACUGCACAGCGUUUUGAACCGUAUCAUCAUGCCGGAAUCAAUCGAAAAACAUGCCAACAACUGGAAAAAUGUAGACUACCUCGUCUUCAACACUUACAUUUGGUGGAUGAACACCGCCGCCAUGAAGAUUCUGCGAGGAUCGUUCGAGCAAAACUCGAGCGCGUACGAUGAAGUUGCGAGGCCUAUGGCCUAUAGAAGAGUGUUGAACACUUGGUCGGAAUGGGUGGACAAAAAUGUAGAUCCAAAUCGGACCAAAGUUUUCUUCAUGAGCAUGUCGCCUCUUCACAUCAAGAGCUUGGAUUGGGGCAACCCCGAGGGCGUGAAAUGCGCAAAAGAGACGGCGCCGAUCCUCAACGCGUCGGCGGCGCUGGACGUGGGCACGGACCGCCGCCUGUUCGCGGCGGCGGCGGAGGUGACGAGUGCGAUGCGAGUGCCCGUGAGCUUCCUCAACAUCACCCGCCUGUCGGAGUACCGGAAGGACGCGCACACCGCCGUCCACACGAUCCGGCAGGGCAAGAUCCUGACGGCGGAGCAGCAGGCGGAUCCGGCCACCUACGCCGACUGCAUCCACUGGUGCCUCCCCGGCUUGCCCGACACGUGGAACGAGCUCCUUUACGCGCGCAUCAUCUCCGCAUCCUGACCGUUGAUUAGAUGUGGAUUUUUUUUUUUAAAAAUUUGGUUACUGAAAUGGGAUUUGAGGUGUAAUUACUAAUUACUGUUGAGGUGAGGCCUCUGUUGUAAAAAGAAAAUCGAUUCGAAAGGGGAAAGAAAAUUAAAUUGUAAGUAAUUCACUUUUUUGGGGGGGCCUUGGAGCACAGGAUGGAUUUAAAUUCAUUUUAUUAAUCUCUUUUCUAAAGAAAAAUUAAUCACGAUUCUUCA